CACCUUCCUGCUCUUCCCCCGCUGCUGGCCUCGCCAGGGGGCUCCGCAGGUGGCCGCAGCACCUUCGCAAAAGAAACAGGGGACUUGGCGGGCGCGUAGCCGCUCGCCUGCUUUCCCGCUGCUAGCGUUGCCCCUGGCUAUGGAUGGUGCUAUUCGCGGCCGGGGCGGAAUCCUACAUAUGGCUGCGAGUUUUAAACACAAGAGAAGUUCAUGAGUUCCAGAUCCGGACAAGAGAGGGAGAUGAUUCCUGACAUGACCCUUCCGGCAACCAAAGGAGCAAAUUUUUGAAGGGCUUAACAAGUCACCCAAAGGGAGCUAAUCUCACCUCGGAUCAUCCUAGAGUUGGUAACUCUAGGAAACAUGGUCACGGUUUAAACAAGAUUAUGGGGAAAGGUUGUUGUUUUUAUUGGAGUUUGUGAUGCCUCUUUUAUGAAGCUUGACAAUAUCCCUCUUUUGCAUCAGUGCUGUGAAAUUUUCAGUAUUUUCUGCUAUUAUGAAUAGGCUUCCAAAUGUCAUGGAAUGUGAUGGCUUGCAAAAGGACCUGGUUUUGUCCAAUUUAUAUCUGCAAGUUUCCCAAUGAGAUACACUCAGCGAAGGAAUAAAAAUCGAGGUGUAAUUGCUUAACCACAUAAAGCCAGGCUUGCCUGGCUGCCAUGAUGAUAGGUGUGUGACAUAGCAAAGGCAUAUAAUGAACGUCCUAUCAGGAACUCCAUCUAUGUAAGAGGACCAAUCCUAUGUUUGUAGUGUGAUGAAUAUGCCAUUGCAUCAAAUCUCUGUAAUUCCAGCCCGGGAUGUUACUUUUUCCAGAGGCUCUAAGAACAAGGUCAAAGGGAAAGAACAGACUGGCAAUUCAACCUCAGUUUCUGCUCCUCACAGCUUCUCUCAGACAUCAGUCUCACCAGCCAGUCAGGACAUCUGUAGUUCCAGUGCAGUGUGUUCUGAAUGUUGUCAUCACAGUCCAGUGCAAUCUGCUGUUGUCUUGAAAAAUCCUGUCUGCCAGAAUUCUCUGACUCAAGUGGCCACUGUGACAGUAAUCUGUCAGGAUACGGUGCAGGCUUCCAAGAAAAACCUCCAUAGGCAUGAUUAUAUCCAUGUGGUCAAGUCUAAGAAUGGAAAAGCUACCCAAGCUCUGAAAUUCUCCAAGUCUCUCAGUGAUAUGGACCAGAAGGCUCAGAGCACAACCCAAAGCUUUAGCUACGUGGAACGAACAUGUUCAGAAGGCAAACUGACACAAACCCAGGAGCAGUGUUUAAAGCUUAACACAUUUUAUCACAAGGAGAAGAAACCAUUCAACCUCAGACCCUUUAUUUUUAGUAACCCCAAACUCUCCUCUUUCCAGUCACUUUCCACCAAUUACUCAAGCACUUUGGGGGCUAGUGCUACCCAUAGUGCAGUACACAUUCCUCUCCUGGAGGACAAGUGUGACAACGAAACUUCCCAAAGUACAAAAUUGCUGCACUAUAUUUUCUCCUUCUCUCGUAGCUCCAGUGCAAGCAGUCAUGGAUUCAACUUGGAUUCAAACUCAAGCUGCUUCCAACCAGAGAAAUCAUCCAGUAUGAUGGUAGAGAGCACAGGUUUCUGUUCAUAUGACAUGGGAGAUGAUGAUGUCUUUGAGGACAAUUCCUCUGUGAGGCUGAAAACUGCAGAGCUGCGGGCACCGCUCUGUUCAGUUGAAAAGGAUAGUGACCUAGACUGUCCUUCUCUCUUGUCAGAAAAUUUCCCCCCACUUUCCCCUGUGUCCAUCUCUGAGGAUGCUUGCAGGAUAUGUCAUUGUGAAGGAGAUGACGAGAGCCCUCUAAUCACUCCCUGUCACUGCACGGGAAGUCUUAAUUUUGUGCAUCAGGCCUGCCUGCAACAGUGGAUCAAGAGCUCAGAUACCCGCUGCUGUGAACUUUGCAAAUACGAAUUCAUCAUGGAGACCAAGUUAAAACCUUUAAGAAAAUGGGAGAAGCUACAGAUGACAUCCAGUGAGCGAAGGAAAAUCGUAUGCUCCGUAACUUUCCAUGCAAUUGCUAUUACUUGUGUGGUGUGGUCUCUCUAUGUCCUUAUAGACCGAACCGCUGAGGAGAUUAAACAGGGGGAGUCCACUGGUAUUCUAGAGUGGCCAUUUUGGACUAAGCUAGUGGUUGUGGCUAUUGGUUUCACUGGAGGUAUUCUGUUCAUGUAUAUUCAGUGCAAAGUCUACAUACAGCUUUGGAAAAGACUUAAAGCUUAUAACCGUGUAAUAUAUGUUCAGAACUGUCCAGAAACAAGCAAAAAGAGCAUAUUUGAAAAACCAAUGCUAAUUGAGCGAAAUCUUGAAAAUACAGACAUCCUUUCAAGUCAUCGUGCAGAUACUAACAAUUCAUAUUACGCAGAACCUGAGGACUCCAGGGCAAACAUUCUUCAUAUCUGACAUAUUCCUUUUUUCCAUGAAGACCUGCACCAGCCUUGUUAACCAUUCAGAGUCAGCAAAGGUUGCUCUGGUGGGUUUUUUUUCUUCUGUACUUACUAAACGUACUAGGAUUACAAUGGCUGCAAAUCUCACCUUGACCUGCAGAAAAAAGUACAGAAUUGAUUACAUGACAUGUAAUGAGAUAAUUACUUCAAAGCAUUGACAGUUUUUGGAGCCUGCAUUUUUUUCCCCAAAGUCAGUUCUUAAAUAUUCCAAGGCCAUGUAAAUGUUGAUGAAAAGGUCUGCUUCCAUUACUAUGUGAAACAACUGAAAGAGGCACCUAGGAGCUAAAACAUGCAAUCAGCAUCCUUAAACUGUAUGUCUGAAUGCUUUAAUAUAUAUUUACUAUAUAUCAAAACUUCUUGCACACAUAAAACUAUUGUGUCAGGGAGAAGCUUCCCACCCACAGCCUUAAGGCUGUUAGCUAGUUCUAGACACACACUUCCCCAAAGUCUAUCUCUGAGAUUUUUCUUCAUAUUUAAAACAACUUUGGGGUGGGUUGCAAAGCAUAGAACACUUUUAAUUAUUUUUAUUUUAUAAUGAAUUUGAAAAUUUCAUUUCAAUAUGUUCCUUUGAAUUAUUGAAGAUUCAUAGACUUGCCUUAAAAAAGAGACAUAGUUUGUAUAAGAAACACACAAACUUUCUUAAACCUAACAUUAAAUGCUCUCUUAGCAAUUUUUGCAGGAGCAUAUUUUUCAGAGAAUAGUGGAUGUGUGAACUAUGUAACAGAAUAAUUUACUAAUAUUAAAUAGAUUAAAUAUUUAACAUGUAUAGUGUUCUUGAAUGGUUUGACUUGAGAGUAAAUCAACUGAGAAUGCCAGCUGAGCAAAGGGAAUUUUGAUGCUGCAUUUUCAACUUGCGCAUAACAGCUUGUAAUGCUGCUUGUGUGUGUGUUGUCUAUAAUUUACACCUGGGAAGUGACUGGUUAAUGAAACACACUGCCUAAAUGGAACCAUUAACAUUCUCUAGGAUUAUUUAAAUAGCUCUGAAAAAACACUUUAGUCCAUUGUGGCACAUGCAAGUGCUGUUUUUAAUUUUGUCAAUGUUCGUUUUUAUGUUGUUUUUCCCACCCAAAAAACUACUGCAAAUCAAAGAACUACUGCAAAUCAAAUUUCUCUGUUAUAGAUUAGUUGCUAUAAUUUUAAACACAAAGCUGCAGUUUCAAGGAAUGUGAACAUUCUUACUGAACUUAAAUUUACUUUGCUGUUAAGAACAUGAAAUGCAUUGCGUAUAAUUUUGCAUAUGAAACUGUACUGUUUUCUAAAUUUAUGACAUUUUAAAAGUA